GACUGCAGAGGAUGAGCUCAGCUCAGCUGCUUGUCUGUUAUUAAGGCUGGGGACGGCCGCCGCCAACACCCAGACACAGUGCGGCAAAAACAGGCGAGUGUCGCUCAGCUCAGCGUCGUCUCUAAUGAGUGAGUGCGCAGGAAGAAACAUGAGUCACGAGUGAGUGAGGUCUGCACCAUGUCUUUUAAGAAGGAAACACCCCUGGCUAAUGCUGUGUUUUGGGCAGCUCGGAAAGGGAACUUGGCUCUUCUUCAGCUGCUGCUCAACAGCGGCCGCGUGGACGCAGACUGCAGAGACAGUGUAGGAACACUGCAUGUACCUGGCUCUGCUCAGCUGCACGUUUUAACCAUAACCCACCCGUGGUAGGAAGACAGAGGUUUGGUUAUGGAACUACAGCACUGAUGGUGGCGUCAUACAGCGGCCAUUAUGAGUGUGUCAAAGAACUCAUUAUGCAAGGAGCUGACAUCAACUACCAGAGGGAGACAGGUUCCACUGCCCUGUUCUUCGCCUCCCAGCAGGGCUACCAUGAGAUUGUGAAGCUCCUCUUUGAAUUUGGUGCCUCCACUGAAUUCCAGACAAAGGAUGGUGGCACGGCUCUCACUGCCGCUGCACAGUAUGGACACUCCAAGGUGGUGGAGAUCUUGCUAAAGAAUGGAGCCAACAUUCAUGAGCAGUUGAAUGAUGGUGCCACGCCUCUGUUCCUCGCCGCUCAAGAGGGUCAUGUGACUGUGAUUCGUCAGCUGCUUGCAUCUGGUGCCAAGGUUAACCAAGUGAGGGAGGAUGGCACUGCCCCCCUGUGGAUGGCAGCUCAGAUGGGACACGGUGAGGUGGUGAGGGUGCUGCUCCUGCGUGGUGCGGAUCGGGAUGCUGACAGACAAGAUGGAUCAACAGCAUUAUUCAAAGCAGCUUUAAAGGGACACAGCAGUGUCAUUGAGGAGCUCCUCAAGUUUUCUCCUUCACUUGGCCGUCUUAAGAAUGGCUCCACUGCCCUUCAUGCUGCUGUUAUGGGAGGAAAUCUGCAGACUGUUCUGCUGCUGCUCGGUGCCAACGCCGACCCCACGCUGCCAAAUAAGCAUAAUGAACUCCCUGCAGAUCUCACAAAGAGCGAUCGCAUCCUUCAACUUUUACAUCCAAAAAUCUCUAACAGAGACAGCUGUUGACAAUCCAGACCCCGUCCUUCCUUCUCGCUUGCACCACAUCCGUGUGAGGGGGGAAAAUAAUGCAACAAGUAUAUCAAACUGACUGAAAUACAACCUGUACUGUAUAUGGUGCUUUGCUUUUGAUUGCUGCCACAUGUUGAAUAAACCCGGACUAAAUUCUGAGCAAAGUAAUGUGCAACCAAAAUGGAUCCGUCUCCCAGAUGCAUCGUCUCCUUUACGCUGGUGUUAUAUAAUAUUUGCAUUUAUUUUUGUUUACCCCCCACCCAGGUGUUGUAAUAUUUUUUGAUAUUUUUUGCACACUAUUUCUUUGCCUUUUUAAUAAAUGUAAUAAAGUGUAAAUUUGUUAAUAAACUCAACAGUGGCUGUGUGAA